AUGGAUGUGAGUUUGCUGGGUGAGAGCCCAAGAGGACGGCGAAGGAAGCCUUUGUUCAAUAGAAGAUCAGAUGCUAUUGCUCAUGGAUCGCCCUAUCAAAAGGCUGCUGCUUUGGUUGAUCUCGCUGAAGAUGGAAUCGGGAUACCCGAAGAGAUACUUGAUCAGUCAACUUAUGAAAGCUCCUUAAAUUCAUACUUAGUAUUUAUACAGUUUGACAUCCUUUGGUCCCUUAACUACUUCGCUCUGAUACUUCUGAAUUUCUUGGAGAAACCUCUAUGGUGUGGUGAGGAAUGUAGUGACAGGGGAUACUACUACCUAGGGGAGCUGCCGUAUUUGACUGGUACCGAGAGUCUAAUUUAUGAGGCAGUAUCUAUUCUGAUUCUCGUUUUCCACAUACUCUUUCCAAUUACAUACGAAGGGUGCAGUAUUUACUGGAAGAGUUAUCUUAAUAGACUUAAGGUGCUUUUGUUGAUAGUAUUGGCUUUGGAUCUCUCAGUCUAUGCUAUAUAUGUUUCUCCCGUGGCUUUCUAUACUCUUCCAUUCCGGAUUGCACCUUAUAUCCGAGUUGUGUUUUUUGUUCUUAACAUCAGGGAUAUACGAGAUAGCAUCAUCAUCCUUGCUGGAAUGCUUGGCACUUACCUGAAUGUCCUGGCUUUGUGGCUAUUAUUUCUUCUGUUCUCGAGCUGGUUGGCAUAUGUUAUCUUUGAAGAUACUGUACAGGGAAGGACACUAUUCACUUCAUAUGGUGAAACAUUAUACCAGAUGUUUGUUUUAUUCACCACGUCCAACAAUCCGGAUGUCUGGAUUCCUGCAUACAAGGCCUCACGUUGGUAUUGCCUAUUCUUUGUUCUGUAUGUGCUAUUGGGCGUUUACUUUGUCACCAAUUUGAUUCUUGCCGUCGUAUACGAUAGCUUUAAGAAUGAGCUUGUAAAACAAGUUGCUGAGAAGGACCGCAAUAGAACAAGAAUACUGAAGAAAGCUUUUAACCUGAUUGAUAACCAAAAUCUUGGCUUCCUUGACAAAGAUCAAUGCAUUCGUUUGUUCGAGGAACUCAACAAAUACAGGACAUUGCCAAAAAUAUCACGAGAGGAUUUUGAGUUAAUCUUCUACGAGUUGGAUGAUAGUCAUGAUGUGAAGGUAGCUUCUUCUACUCCAUUUCCAUUUUAA